AUGAUGGGUGACGACGUCAGCUUACAUUUCAAAUGCAAAGGUAUCUUGUACAGUUUAUUGGUGAAGACAUCAACGAACGAGAUAACACUAUUGAUGGUAAAAGCUUUGAUAUGCAAGAAGUUUGGGUGGGAUGAAAAAAUGGUGGAAUUGAAAUUGAGAUACAUUCCCCUGAUUGUGAGAUGCGACGAAUACACGACCGUAGCUUCUGAUGACGAUCUCAGGUGCUAUCUAAGUUCAGUUGAUCCCCAAGGCUGUAGAUGUAUGUUGCAUGUAGAGGUCACGGCUUCCUCAACACAGCCCACAGCGCAAGUAUCUAGAGCAGAGAAGGAAAGUUCUGUUGGUGUGAACUAUAAUGAUGAUGAAAUUGGAGGUAAUGCCGUGGCUCUAUAUGUAGGCAACAACGUCGAAGCAGAACAAGAAGAGGAGGCAGAACAAGAAGAGGAGGAGAAUGCAAGCAUGAAGAGGAGGAGAAUGCAGAGCAUGAAGAGGAAGGAGAAAAAGAAGCUCAGGAGAUGGAUGAGGAUGAUGUUACAGGCGAAUAUAGGCACAACGAAUAUGAUGAACCACCUGUUGUACUAG